CGAGUGAAUAAUUUUGCGUUACACUACUGACCUUCGUCGUAUCCAACGCCUCCUGUAAAAGCUAUAGUGACAUGUAUAUUCAAUGAUUUUUGUAACGACAAUAAUAGCUGUCGUUUGAAGUGACGUGUUCUUUGCUGGCUUCGUAGAUUCCCUCACAAUAUAUGAAAUAACCGUGAAAAUAAAGGGGAAUUUCCAUAUAAACUUAAAAUAUCCCCAACACUAAACUGCAAAUAUUCGUAUAAUAAAUGAAGAAGUCAAAAACGUCAAACGUUAUUUCGACCAUAUCUCAGAAACAACUGAAGGACAUUCAAGGAUAUUUCUCACGUAUGUGGUGUAUAUGUUUGAGUGUCAUGGUUAGGCCAAAAUGGAAUUAGACAGGGAAUACAUGAAAAUGGGACUGCCUUGGGAUCAUUGGCGUUAAAGUCAAAGCCCUCAGAUAAUGAAGCCAUUAUAGAUUCCAUCUUAAAGGAUGUCAUCGACUUGAACCGUGAUAAGCUUCCGGAAUCAUCCUUGGUAAAAGUUCUCACUUCAGUAUAUCUAGACGCUAAAUCAAAGCUUGGAUCCAAUGGUAAGAUUAUGCUCCCUCCUUCACUAUUUUCUAGUGUCACAGGAUACAGCACAGCAGAGCUUGGUUUGCAUCUCCCAGAAUGCUCCUAAAAGUCCUUUAGAUUCGAAGAUGCCCGAUCCAAACAGCAAACUAAGCCAAUACGACAUGUCAGCCUCAGAAAAAAACAAACAGUGGAGUGAAGAUGAAGGUAAGUAGUGUUUAUCGAUAAUAAGGUCCCAAAUAUGUAUCAGAUUAGUGUUUAAUCAUACUGUUUUAUUCAUAGCUAACUUGUCAACUCAAAUCACUCACGAAAUAUGGGAUAAACAACCUGGUUGCUUGGACACACCUAAUUUUCGGAAACUAGAAGCUUCAAAUGUUCUUUCAGAUACCAAAGUCGAUUUCCCAACCGGUAAAUCUAAUCCCGAGCCCACAGAAAAACUGUCUAAUUCGAACACAAUUAACGACAAUCGGAUAGAUAAUAUUCCUGCUCUUACUCCUAUGGCUUUUGGUUCUGGACAAGACGCUCAUUUGUCAAAGCAAGAAGAAAAUCGUCGGCAGUGGAAGGCUGCAUUAGAUGAACAACUGAAAGAGCAACAAAUUAUGCGAGGCAAAAAUCUUCAGGAACUGCAAAAGGGGUGCGAAUUCGAUAAAAUUCAGUCAGGACUUUCUUCAAAUAACUGGGGACACUGUGGCAACUCAAAUGCAUUUCAUGGAUUAAGUAUAUCGAACAAUCCAUCUAACAGCGCAUUGGCAUCACAUCCUUCGGCUAGUCAUUUUAUGUCGUCAGGCUUCUUUUUGCCUGAUUCAACUGUUACCAACAAUUUCCAUGCAUCAUCUAGAAAAAUAGAUACUCCUAACCAACCCUGGAAGGUUGGUUUUAAUCGUGUUCGAGGUUUUACUCAACAACUGUAUACAGAUUCCUUGGAAUCCGCUGAACGUGCGCGACUUGCUCACGAAACUAGAUUGAUAAAUUUGAAACAAAUUGAAGAAAAACGUCGUCUAAAAGAAGAAGAGAAAGCAAGACUCCUUAUGGAAGAGAAAAUGGAAGAAGAGCGUAUCUCACGUGAACGUCUUCGAUUACAACAAAUGGCCGAGGUUGAAAAUGCUCGAAAAAUAGCAAAAGAUAUGGAAGAAUUUCAACGUACACAACAUUUAUAUGAAUCACUUGUUCGCGCUCAAGAAGAAGCGAAGCUGACUAAAAUUCAAAAACAUCCAUGUUACUCAGAAUUAAAACGAAACACGGAUUCAUUAAGUCAAAAAGCCGUCAUACAGUCUGAAUUACUUGUCCCAUAUUUGUCUAUUGCAUCUGAGGUUGAAAAACAGAGUCAAAAUAAUCCUUUGUAUGCUUUCCUAUCUUCAUCCGGUUGUAAUGCGCCAGAUUCUGUUGCAUAUCCUAAGAAUUCAUUGGCUGUUCAAACUUCGUUUCCCGAAAAUAUCGGCAUUCAAACAGAAAACUUCGAAUGGACUAAUUCGAAAGACAAACAAGUUUUGAAUAAUCCAGAUUCGAAAAAUCGAAAUAAUGGCACUUUUGCUCACAAACUAAAACCCAGUGACAACAAAUCAGUAAAGAAUAAUCUGAGUAAAAUGUCUGUAUCUGUGUCAAAUCAACAAAAACAACAGUAUCGACCAAAUCGAUUAACCUCAAAUUAUAAACCUACAAAUGAUAAUAAUUUAGUUAAUAAUAAAACAAAAGUAUCACAACUACUAAAAGGUAAACGAACUUCAAAAUCUCAAUCACUUAAUUCUGAUUCAUAUAAUAAUAAUAAUAAUAAUAAUAAUAAUAAUAAUAAUAAUAAUAAUAAUAAUAAUAAUAAUAAUGAUAAUGACUUUUCUAAAUCAGCCAAUGAACAAUCAAAAUUAUCAAGCAGUAAUAGCGCACAAACAAUUAAUUCAUUUACCGGUACGAAUAAGUUCGAAAGUAGAUCGGUCCAAGAUGGAAGUAGUAUGAAAUCACGUAUUCCCAUACCGAUAUCUACAGCCUACAGUAUAUCGUCAACUUCAAUGCCAAAACAUCAAGUUUCAACUAUCAACACUGAGUCUCCAAAUAAUACUACAUUUCUUAAUCAUGAAAAUCCUUAUGGGCCUGCGGAUCUUAUUCGUACUUAUGAUGUAUUGAUUCCGAAUGAUGCAAAUAUAAUAUUGCCUGUCAGUCAUGAACCUGGUGUUGUUGAGAAUACUAGAAAAUCAGAAGGCAAAGAUUCGCUUCGAAAUUCGAAUACAAAACAUGAGCGUUCAAUUACCCGACAAGAUACUAUUUUACAACAGUUAUCAGAAAUUCGUAAGGGUUUACAAUUACGUCAAAUGUUGUGUGAAUCAAGCACUUAUGAAGAUGAUAUUAAUUAUUGA